AUAUAAUCCGAUCCGGUGCUGGUUUUAGCGUCUCCCUCGGUCUCUCCCAGGUCUCCAUUUGGCCAAAUUCACCGAGCUCUAGUAGUUUAUUUUCUUUUUUGUAUCACCAUUGAUCAUUCUAAUUAAAAUAAAUUAUUAAUGGCAGCUUGUUUAAACCAUUGAUUGAUGCUUUCUUCUGCACCAUUCCCCUCCCUUCGGCACAAGGAACAGCAGUUCCAUCCCAUUUUCUUUUCUUUUUCUCCAUACCCAUAAGUUUCACGAGCAUGUACUUCUCCCCAGGACCUUGAAUUUGAUUCCUCACCGUCACAAAUAACCGCCUUUCUGCCCACUUUAUCGUAUAUAUAUUCAUCAUUAUUCCCCUGCAUAUAUGUCUACACCGUUUCCUCUAUAACAAUGGCUACCUCCGCUGGGAAGAACAACUUAUUGCCUACAGCUCUGGUCUCCAAUCUCCAGGAUGUUCUUCUACGCCGGAAAAGUGACGCCGGUGAGAAAGGAAAGGAGGAGGCUCAACAAUCGAAGUCCAACGACGAUACGACGGAGCUGUCAUCUUCGAACGCCACCGGGGAGCCGGACAGCACGAAGCCUAUCGUUUUGGUGACUAAUGCCGACGGGAUUGAUUCCCCAGGUCUCACAUGUCUUGUCGAUGCUCUGGUUCGCCAUGGCCUCUACAAUGUUUACAUCUGCGCUCCGCAAUCAGACAAAUCAUUAUCUGGCCAUUCAAUUACGCUGAGGGAAACAGUUGGAGUGAGCUCAGUUGAAGUUCAAGGAGCCACCGGCUAUGAGGUUUCUGGGACUCCUGCGGAUUGUAUCUCACUGGUCUUAUCCGGGGCACUUUAUUCUUGGUCAAAGCCUUCCAUUGUAAUCAGCGGAAUCAAUAGGGGCUCGAGUCGUGGCAAUCACAUGUAUAGCUCGGGUGUUGUAGCAGGUGCUAGGGAGGCAUUGUUGAGUGGCAUUCCCUCUAUAUCAAUAUCUCUUAACUGGAAGAAUGAUGAAAGUCAGGAAAAUGAUUUCAAGGAUGCUGCAAGCGUUUCAUUACCUUUAAUUGCUACAGCAAUUAGAGAUAUAGAAAAGGGUGCUUUUCCCAAAUGUUGUUUACUGAAUGUAGAAGUUCCAACUUCUCCUCUCACAAAUAAGGGAUUUAAAUUAACAAAACCGAGUAUUUGGAGGUCCACACCAAGUUGGAAAGCUAUUCCAGCAAACAGGAAUCCUGCUGCUGGACGCUUUCCUGCGAAUCAGCAAAGCCUCGGCAUACAGCUUGCUCAGCUUGGCCGAGAUGCCUCUGCUGCAGGUGCUGCUCGUCGUUUGGCCACACAGAAGAAAGAUAUUGAAGAAGUUGAGUCAGUUGGGGUUGCUAGAAAAUCUGAUCCCAACAGGGCAGUCAAGUACUUCAGAUUGGAGUUGCUAGACAAUGAACUAGAAGACAGUGGUGAUGAUUUAGAUUUUAGAGCGGUUCAAAAUGGAUUUGUUGCUGUCACUCCGUUAUCUCUUUCACAACAUGUAGCGCAAGAAAUUGAGACAGCUGCUUCAGAUUGGAUUUCUAACGCCUUACAAGCCGAGGAGUGAGAGUCGUCACCUAUGCUGUGUUAGUAAAAACUUUUUUUUUGUGUUCAUAGCUGAUAGUGUAUUAUUUUUCCAAUCGGAAAAAUUGCUUUUCUUAAACUAUACCCAGUAUAUAGUUCCUGAAUUUUUGUAUGUUUGACCUGGGAAGCAAAUGCUGACCCAGUUAACGUUACAGACUACAGAGAAGUGUGCUUGCAGAAUGGAUACACAUCCUAUUAUUCAUUUGUUUCUGAAUGAUAACAAAUAUAUAGACCGUAUGAUCAUCAUCAUUAUCAUUACCCAGUACCACAAAGGUUCCCAUCUUGAGAUG